AUCAGACAUGUCCUCUGUCCCAAUAACCGACCAGAAAUCCCUUGUACGGCAACGGAAGAAGCUAUCCUCAUAGCCAUUGCCAGUGUAGUAUGUAAUGAUCACUCAGAGUGGCAUCGUCUGUCGGCACGAGCACUUCAAAGUGAGUAAAAUUCAUCAUCGCCUAUGUAUGCACCAGAUACUGGCAUAUUCUUUACUGCAAGGUUUUGAUUUCGAGACGAAAAUCAUUACACGUCAAGGCUCUACCAGCCCUAGGAUGUCCAAGUAUAAAAAUUUGUGCGCUUGCAGGCUGGCCAGCUUCCUUUGUCUUCACUAUAGCUCCUUCGAAUUAUAUUUUCUACCUCUUUUUCUACAGAAUAGCAAAAGGCGAGGGCCAGAAACACACGCACACGCAUACGCACAAACUUUACCCACAUACCCAUCAUCACCACUUCCCCAGUGCAUACUGGCGUUGCUGAGAGCAGCUCCUCUGUUCGGCACACCGCCGCUGCUAGCAUCUGUGCAGCUAUCAACAACAUGUUCAACGAAGUCAAAGGCCUUGCCGGUACUUUUGCUACCUACAGGUGUUAAGGGGGUAUAAGCGCAGAAAUGCAGUUUAGGCUGAUGAAGAUAGUAAAGAGAUGCAUUAGAGGAGGAGGUGAGAGAGGCGAAAAUAGAAGGUAGAGGAAAGAGGAACUCCUAAGGAGUCGAGAGGUGUUGCUUGAUAACUAAUGCGAAGAAGAAUGAGGGAAAAGAUAAUAGAGAAUCCUAUACCAAAGAGUUGAUAUUUCUAAUACAAGCAUCAAGCCCAGCAAGCCGUCACUCAGGCUCCCAACAUGCAGCCUACCGGCACAGCUAUUACCACUGUGUUGGAAGGUCACGAGUUUCAAUGAGUGGUUUGGACUGGGUCAGCCAGAAAAAGGAAAGAACUAUGAACAAGAGAAAGCAGAUAUAAGAGAAAAAUAGAAAGUGGAGA